CUCCAAACCAAAGCUACGUUGCAUUCCAAUUAAGCGGUAAGAUUUAUAUUGCUGUCAAAUCAGUGUCUGUGCUAUUAAUUAAUAAGUACGAAAAAAGCAGCUGUUAACUAGCUCAAGAUGUUGCGCCUUCUCAUCGUCACGUUGGCCGUGUGUGCCACGAUCUGUGCCGCUGCACAAACUCGCAACUCACCUAUGGAGGCGAUUGCACAUUUGACUGGGCCACCGCAGUCGGACAACACGCAGGUGAAGGGAAAUGUCACCUUCAUUCAGAACGACUGCGGCCAGAGUGUGCAUGUGCGCAUCCAGCUGGAGAACGUCAUGCAGGGCAAGCAUGGCUUCCACAUACACGAGAAGGGAGAUCUGAGCAAUGGCUGCACCAGCUUGGGCGGCCAUUACAAUCCCGACAAGGUGGACCAUGGGGCGCCCCAUCACGAGGUGCGUCACGUGGGCGAUCUGGGCAACAUUGAGGUGAACGCCAGCCGGAUUAUCGACAUCACCUACACAGACUCUGUGAUUAGCCUGAGCGGCAAGCGCACCAUCAUCGGACGCAGCGUUGUGCUGCACGAGCUGGAGGACGAUCUCGGCCUGGGCAACCACACGGACUCCAAGAAGACGGGCAACGCUGGCGGCCGCAUCGCUUGCGGUGUAAUUGGCAUUAAGUCGGAUGUGGACGAAUGGCCCUGCCGCGGUGGCGGCGCAGAUGCACUGCGUCAAUCCAUGUCCAUUGUGAGCAUCGUAGUUGCUCUGAUCAUUGCACGUGGACUGUGAUCCAGUACUAAGCACUCUAUAAACAACAAUUAAUCCAUACUCACAUCGUAUGCCAUGCACUGUACUUAAAUAUUAUACAACAAAUACUCCCCAUUGCAUAAACUUGUAAAUUGCCUCAACGAUUUCAUCGAUAAUAAAAUUAACAAUUGUUAUAUA